AUGGCGCCUAGAUGGCCGCAGGUGAACAAUGGCCCCGAACACAUCAACGAGCAUGCCACAUACCUCAGAGAAGCAUGUAACCAGUUACAGGCGGCGGAUAGAGGCAGAACCAAUCAGAUACCAUGGCCCGUAGUUCACGCCUACGUCGAAUCAACUCUGGCGCUCAUUGGCAAGGUCUUGCAGCAGCCGUCCGUGGGUGAGGUGCUCCACCAAAUCCGAGACGCGGCAAAAGAUAUCCAGACCAUUCAGAGAGACGUCACGGCCGUCAAAAGCUCUAUAGGACUAGGCACUACAUCACUCAACUCGGCAAACUUCAGUGGAGUCAAGGUCGCACGGACAACCUGGGCGCAAGUCGCGGCGCAGGCCAAAAGCUCCACGUUACCACCACCCCCAGUGCCAGUGCAACCGGGAUCACCUACCACUAAGAACUCAACCACAGUAACCGCUUACAGAGAUCGACUCGUGACAGUCAAGCUCAAAGACCAUGGCAUGGUGCAACGGUACCGCAGCCAUCCGGUUGCUUGGACCAAACAGCAAGUACAAAACUCCAUACGAGACAACAACGGCACGAGAUCAAUCAAGCUCGUCGCAGCGCACCAACUCAAGAGUGGUGAUCUGCAGAUAUUCACAAGCACGAGCGCGGAGGUCCAACAGCUCAAACAGAACACAGGAUGGUUGAAAGGCCUAGGAGAUCAUGCAGAAAUUGUCGUGCCGACCUAUGGAGUUAUCGUCCAUGGCAUUUCUACCAGUUCCAUCAAUAUCAAAGAUCAGAAGACGACCAUUCAACACAUGCUGGCAGACAACUAUACCGUGAUCCCCAACGCGAAGAUAUCGUAUGUGGGCUGGCUGACCAGAGAAGGCCCCCUCAAACGUGCAUCUUCCAUUGCCGUCGAAUUUACCACGCCAGAGAUGGCCAACGCCGUCAUAUACGCUGGCAUGGUAUGGGAGGGUCAGAUACACCAAUGCCAACUCUAUGACCGCACCUGUAGGGUGAAACAAUGCUUCCGUUGCAACCAUUAUGACCACAUCGGCGCUCAAUGUAACGCAUUCCAAACAUGUGGCUACUGUGCGGAGCUACACGAGGCCAAGCACUGUCCGCAAAAGAGAGUGGAAGGGUUCACUCCCCGCUGCACAGUGUGCAAAGGUGCUCACACAGCAUGGAGCAAUGCCUGCCCAGCAAGAAAGAAGGAAUUAGAGAGAGUGGAACCGGCGAAACAAAACCGCAGUAUCUACUGGGACGUGCCUGCCCGGAACUUUGAGACACGCCCAAGGAUGAACAACGCACGCCACAGCACCACCGCCCAGGAGACUGAUUCGUCAAGAGACUCUUCCCCGAAUCAGACUACGGCGACACAAACGACAACCCAGGUCCUGGAACAAACGAUCAGGGCUGCGGUCAUGGAAGCUGACAGAGAACCACCUUCACCCUCUGGCCCAAGAACCAAUCACUUGAUUGAAACCACCCAAGAGGCAUUACAGACAUCUACAGAAGAGACCACCACACAAGCACCUCCUGAACAUGAGGAGCGGGAGAUACUUGCUCCUAGUGCUCAGGAGGAUUGGGCGACACCAGCGACCCAACAAGACGGUACACCGCAAGCUUCGGCAUCCGUGAUCGACCCGCGACUCGGGGCACCCAAAGAGUCCAUUCCCCAUGGCCAAGUUCCGGAGGACAACCAAGCCCAGCAAUCGGUAUACCCGCUAGAUGGGAUAGAGGGGAAUCUUACCAUGCCGGAAACAGAUACCUGGUGGGAUGAGAUCUUCGACGAUGAAGAGAACACGUGGAUGCCCGAUACGGUCCAGGAUGAGUCGUCACCAGCCACAUCUGUAGCCAACGAACCGCACUCAACGACAGGAAAGAUUUUCAAGGGGUGUAAGUGUCCUGAACACCAACGCAUUUAUGACGACUGGCCGACGCACGAUGCUGAGCUCACUAUCGCAAAAUGUAUGACAAUAUGCGUGUACUGUGGGAUGGACUGCCACAGACCACCGUCAUUACGCAUGCAUUUGAAGAGGGACAAACACGCCCGAAACAAUAUAAGCGUCGUACGGGAAACAAUGGGAAAGGGGAGCUCCACUACUCCCUCUUGGACAUUCAAACCGCGCAAAGAAAACACCCAUCAUGGUCGAAGUACCCGGAGCCAGACAACCACAAAUAGUGCCGACGCCAGAAUCCAGCUAUGGUAG